CAUUAAAGAACAAUAUACUUUUUGUUAUCAAAAUGAUCUUAAACAUGUUUGGGCCUAUUUAUGGUCUGAGUGGUACCAACCCGAAGCAUGGAAGUUAUGGGCUCGUGCAUCAAGUUCCCAACUUAAUAUUUUGCGAACUACGAUGACUAUUGAAAUAACAAAGGUUAUUCCAUGUCAAAUUAACCAUUUGCAGUUACUACGUGAUGAUAGGUGCAUAUCCAAAUGGCGUGAAGAACUUCGAUUGGAAUGGAAAAAAUUGGCUACUCAUAUAAUAAAUCCAAAUACCAACCAUAUUACAGACUUUUCACG